AGUGUUGAGAGAAAGGGAGGCACGGCAGUGUCCUGAGAGCUCAACGUGUGUUUGUUUAUUCAUGCAUAAGCUGCCUUGUUUGGGGACGAAUGCCUGUGUGCACAGAGCAGUGAGUUUGGGGUGGAACAGCUGAUUGUUGUGAGGGAGAUGGGAGGUCCUGGAGAGGAGGAGGAGGAAGGAGGAAGGAGGAAGGAGGAAAAGCCAAGCCCGGCGUUGGAGGAGGCGAGAAGGAGGCGGCGCUACUGUAUUAAUAUGAAGGAGAGCAUGUAUAUUAACUCAGAUACAAGCUCGCCUGUUCAAACUGAACACAGGUCGGGUCUUCUGGAGCGGCUUCUGCGUGGUUGUGCGCAGAAGGGAUGCGUUUGGCUCUCUAGCUCACACCUGGAACGAGGAAGCAGUGAGAGCUUUUUGUUCUUCUUUCUUUUUUUUUAACGAUCAGAAACAAACAAGUUAUUUCCUCGUGUGACUUCAAGGGAGUGGCUUUGGAAUAUGCGCUUUCGCUAACCGGACUUGAUGUGUGUUUAGACCCGCACCGGUUGCGCCACCUGUGACCGAUGCAGUCAGUGAAUUGCUCUGUGGCCGAAGGACACUGAUAUUUGGCACAACAUUUCCCAACGGCCUGCACUUAUUUAUUUAUUUAUUCAUUUGUGCAUGUGUUUUUCUUUUUUGUGCGUACAUAUUUUUGCUUGAUUCCCUCAAAACCCCAACACUCAUUAUCACAGGUUGCUGACAGCGCAACAACUUUCCGCAUCAGAUAAGUGCGGCACGUGUCCGUGUUCGUGCGCGCACACAGAAGACUCGGGGCAGCUUGAGGCGCCGUGUGUGUGUGUGUGCGUGUGUGUGAACGAAGAUUCAACACACACAAACAUCCCCCCACCCCCCCAAAAAAAAACCAAACAAAGUCCAGCCACCAACAUGACGGACGGCGCGAGGCAGCGCAGCGGCACGUCGGGCUCCGCCAAGGAUGCUGCCGGGGAGAAGGAGUCGGGAGGCGGAGUGGCGCUCAAGAAGGAGAUCGGGCUCGUGAGCGCCUGCGGUAUCAUUGUCGGUAACAUUAUCGGCUCGGGUAUCUUCGUCAGUCCCAAGGGAGUGAUGGAGAACGCCAGCUCCGUGGGCAUGGCCCUGAUCGUCUGGAUCGUCACGGGCGUCAUCACAGCCAUCGGCGCGCUGUGCUACGCCGAGCUGGGCGUCACCAUCCCCAAGUCGGGGGGAGACUACGCCUACGUCAAGGACAUCUUCGGAGGGCUCGCUGGGUUCCUGCGGCUGUGGAUCGCCGUGCUGGUGAUCUACCCGACCAACCAGGCCGUGAUCGCGCUGACGUUUUCAAACUACGUCCUGCAGCCUCUCUUCCCCACCUGCUUCCCCCCGGAGAACGGCCUGCGUCUGCUGGCCGCCGUCUGCCUCUUGCUGCUGACAUGGGUGAACUGCUCCAGUGUGAGGUGGGCCACCAGAGUGCAGGACGUAUUCACCGCCGGCAAGCUGCUGGCCCUCGCCCUCAUCAUCAUCAUGGGCCUCGUGCAGAUCUGCAAGGGAGAGUACUACUGGUUGGAGCCAGCCAAUGCCUUCGAGCCCUUCCAGGAGUAUGACGUGGGUUUGAUAGCCUUAGCCUUCCUACAGGGCUCCUUCGCCUACGGAGGGUGGAACUUCCUCAACUACGUCACAGAGGAGCUGGUGGACCCCUACGUGAACCUUCCUCGCGCCAUCUUCAUCUCCAUCCCUCUCGUGACCUUCGUGUACGUCUUUGCCAACAUCGCCUACGUCACGGCGAUGAGUCCCCAGGAGCUGCUCGCCUCAAACGCCGUUGCCGUGACGUUUGGGGAGAAGCUGCUGGGAGUCAUGUCGUGGAUCAUGCCCAUCUCUGUGGCUCUCUCCACCUUCGGGGGAGUCAACGGAUCCCUCUUCACCUCUUCGAGGUUGUUCUUUGCUGGAGCCAGAGAGGGACACCUGCCAAGUCUGCUGGCCAUGAUUCAUGUGAAACGCUGCACUCCCAUCCCCGCUCUGCUCUUCACCUGCCUGUCCACCCUGCUCAUGCUGUGCACCAGUGACAUGUACACCCUCAUCAACUAUGUGGGCUUCAUCAACUACCUCUUCUACGGAGUCACUGUCGCCGGGCAGAUUGUCCUGCGUAUCAGACAGCCCAACUUGCAUCGACCAAUCAGGAUCAGCCUAAUCUGGCCGGUCAUCUACCUCCUCUUCUGGGCCUUCUUGCUCAUCUUCUCCCUGUACUCCGAGCCCGUGGUGUGUGGCAUCGGCCUGGCCAUCAUGCUGACUGGCGUCCCCGUCUACUUCCUGGGAGUCUACUGGGACAACAAGCCACAGUGCUUUGACGCCUUCGUUGAUAAGAUGACAUACUUGGGCCAGAAGUUCUGCGUGGUGGUCUAUCCGGCCAUGGGCAACAGCGUAGGGAGCGGAGACGAAGGAGAGGAGAUGAAGGAGGAGACGUCUCCUCUGUCUAAGGAGGACGGAGACAACUCUGAUCUCUGAUCUCUGACUUCCACAAUGAACAGACACAUGCAGACGCACAAGUGGUGUGUGUGUGCGCACUCACACACACAAACAAACAAACAAACAAACAAACAAAUAUGCAAAACACACUCCACAGUUUGUCGUGUAUUUACACUUUGUCUUAUAUGGUUUUAUUUGGUUUUGUUAUCAAUCAAUAAUUUCUGUGCCAAAUGCAACGUUAUUUAGUCACGUGACCUCGAACCUUUCUGUCUGGGGUCUUUCAAAAAGUGCAAUAAACGGGUCGGCGCCUUCUCAACACGAGCCCAAACAGGCACAUCGACGACUCCUCAUCAUCAUCUUCCUCCUGCUUCUCUUCCUCCACACACUCCCUGCACACUCCUGGUGUAGUAGCGCUUUUUUCUUUUUUUUCUAUCAAAAGACUUACUCAACUGUGAUGGCUACGCAAACACCUUUUUCUUCGCUUCCUUUGUAAACGAUGUCGCUCGACAUACCAAAGCUGCAUUUUGAUGGUCAAAGCAGAAGAUCCGAUCAAGUCAUUUCAUGUUGGGAAGUACAUGAAGUACUGUGUUGUUUUGAAGGCGACUGGGACUCCGAAAUGUUUCUCUUUUUUUUUUUUGUAAUUACGAUAAUUGUUUGUAUCGUUUGAUAUAUUUUGUUUUACUUUUAAUAUUCUUUUUUUUUUUCUACUCCACAUCAUAUACAUCUGGGCCUAUUUUUUUUUCUACUCUUGUGGAGGUGUACACCUGAAAGCUGAAGUGUGAUCUGUACUUUGUUUUGGUAAAUGUUGCAUUGUUCUUGGGUGCCGACACAGCUCUGUUCUGACUGAUGUGGAGAAACGGUUAAUCUUCAUACUUCGGGAUAGUUUAAAGUUUUUAUGGAGGUAACAAAAAAAAUGUUCUUGUAUGAACACUACACUGAUAAUUAUCCUGUUAAAACUGCAAGUCCAGCAUGUUAACCAGAACGAUUAAAUAGGCAAGACAUGAUAGUGUUCACCGCCACAUCUGCAUUGUUAUUGUGCAAAUCCCUACACCGACACAUGUGAAUGCCUGCGCGAUUUUUAAUUGUUUUUUUAAAGAGGCAUCGAUUGUCUUGCAUGUUCGUUUAAAAAAAAAAAAUGUUUUAUAGCUUAUCAUCUAGCUAUAGUGUUUGAAUAAUAUGUUCUUUAUUUAGAUUGUAGAAAUUAGAGCUUUAAAUAAAUUUGAAAAAAUUCACUAGAAGAGAUUUUAGUGCGACACUAGAAUAAGCACCAGGAAAAACACAACACGCACCAAUGAAUGAACCCAUUCAGUGUGUGUCUGGUAAUGGUUAUAGUUAUGCAUCGAUACUUAUGUUGUGUAUUAUUGUAACAACACUCCUGCACACUUAAACACACACAUACUCUUGUGUCUUCAGUCUUGCUAUACUCCAUUGGUGUCUCAGGGCAUCCCCACUGCUCUCUGUUUACACACAGUACACUGCCUACAACCUCCGGAUCAGCAAAACUGAACAGAUAUCAGCGAAUGCCUGUUGGAAAUCCAGUCUGUUAGUGCUAAAUGUCUGCUGGCGCUUUUAGAUAUUUCUUUUUUUCUCGGGAGUCCCAGAAAAAGAGGAUGACAAGUGAAUCGUUCAUACUAUCAAGUAUCAUUAAAGUUGGGCCAGUAAUGUGCAGGUUCUGUUGAACUGUAAAGGGGAACAGGGUGUCUUUACAAGUACAAUGAUUGUGUUUUAUGGCUGUAUGUUUUUUUUGUGUAUUUACAGAUUAUACAACAGAUGUCUGUAUAUUGUCUCCUGGUAAAUAAAAACCACUGACUAAGGUUUACAUUUGUAAUUCAAGGCCUCAUUUAUACAUAUAGUAACAAUAAAAAAAAAAAACUGUCUUUAUUUUGAUUUCACUAUUCGAUCAUUCCAAAGGAAGUGAUUUUCAUUAUUUUUCUAAAUUUUCAACAUGCAACAUAAACUCAGUGAAUUUCUAAGCAAGACCCAUACUGUACAUAAAUGAGGCCUGAUCAUGUUUCCACCAAAUCAAAUGCUGCGACUUUAUGUGAUACCUUUAUCUGUGCAGUCUUAAACUCCUAAAGACGGUUUAACGGUGCUCAUUGUGCUCAAGGUUCCCUAACGAGCUGCAACUUCUUGCUGUAA